AUGCAUCUAACCACCGCCGCAAUCCUGCUAGCCCUCGGUUCUGUAGCCGUCGCCGACAUCGAGGGUUGCGCGAUCGCAAAUGGCGACGAGCAGAAAUGCACGAUCCAGAGUCUGGGGCCCAAGGGGCACCCGGAUCUGAGCUCUGCGACGUGCGGGUAG